AUGCACUUGAAGGAGUGUCCACCAGCGUCAUCGGUGGGGUGGCUGCGCCCUUCGUUGACCAUCUACAUGUUUGGGUCGAAAUCACUGGCGUUGUCGUCUGCUGUAUUCGUGUUGGAUUGCUUUACGAUGGGGCGGAAGCAACGACUCCUCUCAGCAGUGGUAAAUGUUCCUCUGACGUUGCGUCUGAUGCUGUAUUUCUCAGCUUCAUACAAGGGGGAGGAACCGAGAUUACCACCAUCUACAUGUGUUCUUGGGUCUUCACAGGGCAACAAUUUUCUUCUUUUACCCGGCGCCUUUGCGGAGAGUGGCUGCACCACGUUCUUCCCAGGUCGAGAGGGCUUAAUGAGUGAAUUACAGGAUGAAUUGUGGCUACAGUUGCCGUCGAGGCUACUGAUUUUAGCUAGAUUAGAUUUAGCGAACUUUUUAUUUGCAGUUGUAGGUCGUUUGCCGAAUAGUGGGAUCAACCUCUUUCAGCAAAGGCCCCCUUCAUCACUGGCAGUUUUACCCAAACGUUGCAUGGGCAUGACUCUUGUUGCCCUUACAACGUUGUAA